GCAUUUAAUAAACAAGAAACAGCCAAAAAAAUACUGUCAGUUAAAGACAAAAGGCGAUAGAUCUUCAAAAAUAUAAGAAAAAUAUUGUAGUUAUAUUUAUGCAUAAUUUUUAGCUCAGAUGAUCUACUAGUUUUUAGUGUUGACGUGUUCAUAGAGUUAAAAAUUAAUAUAAUAUUUUACACGGAAUGCUUCUGUAAAAUUUUUAUCAAAAAGUGACAAUCACCGACUUGUUAUUAAAAUAAACUGUAGGUUGUAUGGGUUAUGACUUCCUUUAACUAUUUAAAAAAAAAUGUUACGGUGACUUUUUUAUUUUACAGGUUAAGGAGAUUUUAUUCAUUUAUUCUUCUCUUAUUAAGGUCGCUUAAAUUAUUUGAAAAUAUUUUUUUUAUAAUUAAUAUUAAAAAAAUAUAUGUCAUAAACUAAUUGCUUUCAAUAUGUACAGACAGGUAGAUAAUAAUUUAAUAAAUCUAUGAUUACAAGUUCUACGAUGACGUCUGUCCGUCACGCACCUAUGCUGGACCAAUGAAAUAUCGACAAAUAUUUCAAUGAGAAAUUGACAAGUGCGGGUGCGGGGGUCUCAAUUUUAUGAAGUAUUUAUUUACCAUCACAACCGAUUAAACUUUGGUCAUUGAUAUUUUGUAGAAGAAACUAGAUAAACGUUAACACCAGAUAAGUUAUUGCGUCAGCUAGUUUUUGUACAUUAUAUGUUUUAAUGGAAUAUUUUAUGUUCGGAUAAAGUGUGCUGUGAAUCUUGCUGAUUAUCUAAUAUAUACUCAACAAGCAACAAUUGGAUGAUUGAAAAUGAUACCAGAUAACGUAACGCUGAUUGUAAAGGCACCAAAUCAACAAAUUGAAGAUCAGAAUAUAGAAUGCCAAUCGUCAUGGACAGUGCUACAGCUGAAAGGACAUCUAUCAGAAGUGUAUCCUAGCAAACCGAGAACAGAAGAACAGAAGAUUAUUUAUUCUGGACAACUGUUAGAUGAUAACACAAUACUUAAAGACGUACUCCGCACAUACGAAAGUCAAAUAGCUCAUACUAUGCACCUGGUGUGCACACCAAAUAGAAAGAUGCCACUACCGCAGAAUCCUCAGAACCCCAUUGAAGCACCAAACACUGAUGGAUUAAGGCAAAGGAAUAUUACAACAACUGACAGUGCUACUAACACAACAGCCCCAACAGAGCCAAGGCCUGAAAUGAGACAAAAUGAUCAAAACCAUAAUGUUGAAAUGCAGAACUAUUUGAGUUCAUUUGUAAACAACUAUGGCAGAGUGCCACCAUACCCUAAUUAUAAUUUGGGAGAAGGAUAUUUGCCUGUGCCAAACGACCCAGCACUACUAGCCAACCAUAUGAUGGUGAUGCAGCAGGCGUAUGUGCGGUAUAUGCAGCAGUAUGCCAAUAUGUGGCGAGCGACGGCGGCAGCGCCCGGCGGCGAGGCGCCCCCCGCGGCCGCGCUGCCCGCCCCCGCCGCCGCCGCCCCCGCCCCCGCGGCCGCGCCGGUGAGGGCGGGCGCGGGGGCGGGGGCGGAGGAGGAGGCGGCGGGCGGCGCGGACUGGCUGGAGCAGGUGUACGCGGCGUCGCGGCUGGCGAUCCUGUUCUCGCUGGUGUACCUGUACGGCAGCCCCGCGCGCCUGCUGCUCGUGCUGCUGCUGGCCGCCGCCGGAUAUCUACAUCAAAUUGGCUUCUUCCGUGAUCUCCACGCAAACCAUAACGAGGAGGCCCGACGAGCCAUUCAACAGAACAACCAGAAUGAACCGAAUAACCAGAAUGAACCGAACAACCAGAUCCAACCGAACAACCAGAAUCAAAUCAACGACGUAAACCAACCGAACAACCUCCCCCCUCCAUCCGCCAGCCCGCCGGCCGCCGACCAGUCGCCGCUGGCGGUCGGCUGGAUGAUAUUCACGUCGUUCUUUGCGUCACUUAUACCAGAGGCCAAUUGA